AUGGUAGAGCCGGAACUGGAAAUACGGUUGAUAAUGAAAAACAUGCAAAUCUCAUACCUAGUAAAGCAUGGCUUGGUUAACUUCGACAACCUUUCCGUUGGACUAAUUGCGCACUAUUCUGACAUUUUUGAAUCUAAUCGGAAGAAAUCAAGCACAUCUAAUGAACCAAUCAUUAGUCCAAAUGCUCCUGAUAAGGCAAAGGAAGCAUUUCUUUUUAUUUUAAAGCGUCGAACAUCACAAGAAGUUGUAGACGUCGUAUCCGUAUCGUACGACACAUCGACAGCGAAGCAACUGUGUUCAGAAGAAUCUCGAAAACAAGUAAGAGAGAAAGAGAAGACAGUGGACACGAAGCGUUUACUUUUUGUAACUUAUUAG